AGCUUCAGUCACAGGUCUCGUCUCUCUUUUCGCUUUUGACUCUGUCCAUCGCGCAUUGAAUGCUUCCACUGUGGAGCAUCGAGCACUUUACAGCAGCGGUCUGUUCCUGAAGCUCAAUCGAGAGAUUGCGAAAGUACAAGUACAGUCGCGCUAUUCGCUAUGUAAUGGUGCUACCAUGGACAUUACUCAUGACUACGGUUGCUAUGGUGAUUGCUAGCAACAGAGUCAUCGCACCUUCAGCCUCGCGGCAUCACUCCCACAGCUGGGACAGUCAGCGAAGCCAUCUUCCUUUGUGCUGCGCUGCUUUUCCAAGACGAAGGCGCUAGCUCCACAAAUCUUCUGCCUCUAUGCUCUACACCAAACUGCAACGCACUGGACAAGCGCAGCACAGAUGUAUUUGGGCGCAACGCAGCUUGAGGCUUACUCGUGGUGACGUGUCUGAUGGCAUGGGUCUUUUCUCGCGUGGCAGUUCAGUCUUGAAAUGCCGCUGGAGAUCACUGCCAUUUGCAUACUCGGCGAGGCUGGUAGACUCAAUCCUCGAGACGCAUCAUUGCUUGAAUCAUGAAUUGGGCAUGCUCUGGAGCACAUGCUUUUCAGCGUACCUGAGCGAGGUCCAAUGUCGAAGAUUCUUGUUGAGGGUAACCGGCAGCUUGGCCGGGCUGUCUGGCGCUGCGUCUCUUGCAAGAGAAUAUGGUAAAGUCUCCGUCGCUAUCUCUAAUCCAAUUGAACAGCAAGCUCAUACUCAGAGGUGGGCUCUGGUCCUGGUCUCUCAACUUUGUCAGAGCCAAACACGGACCAUCAAGACAACACAAUCAUCUACAAAAGCUGCCAUUUUCUCUCAGCUCAAGUGCCCGGGUAUCAGUAAGAUCGCAUCCUAUUCUAUGGCAUUUGUCAAGAUCUAUCGUGUGGCCACCAUAGCUGGUUGCGGCACAUAGCUGAAUCUGUAUAUAAUCAAUACAACAACGCCUAGAGUUCCAGUG